AUGCUAUAUAUUCACGCGACGAUAAUCACCGUCGAUGCAACUCGACGCAUUAUUGAGGAUGGAGCCAUCCUUGUCAAGAAGAAUACGAUUGCAGCUAUCGACAAGACUGUCAGUUUGCUUGGGAGAUACCCCCACGAAAAGCAGUAUGAUCUUGCUGGAUGCAUUGUGAUCCCAGGGCUUAUCUCUACCCAUAUUCAUGUUAUUCAAACACUGUUACGAGGCACGGCUGAUAAUCGCAACAAGGAGGCAUGGCUGUCGGAACGGAUCAAACUGCUGCAGAGAGGCAUGACCCAGGCAGACGCCCGGGUAUCAGCAAGUUUAACAAUAGCGGAAAUGUUGAAGUCUGGGACUACUUGCUUCCUGGAAUGUCUGUUCUUCCCUAGCCUUGGGUUCGACGGACUUUGCGAAACCGUGCAGGAUAGCGGGAUCCGAGCAUGUUUGGCCCAUACUUCGCUUCAGGGACUCAAGCCGGUCGGAGAGACGGAUCUCGGCCAUGAAAUGCUGUCAGACGUCUUGAUGUCGUGGAAGAAAUGGAACGGAGCCGCGAAUGAUCGCAUCCGACAAAGUGCCGUGUCACAUUCCAGUGGCAUCCGAACGACUAUCCACCUCGCCGAAAGCAGACAGGAUGCCAAGUACCUCUCCUCUCAGGGCCACACGGCCGCUUCAUAUGCUCAGGCUGUCGGCCUGUUAUCUCCAUCCACGGUACUAGCUCAUACCGUGUAUGUGGAUAAAACACGGGACAUUCCUUUGAUUGCUUCCGCCGGCGCUCAUAUCUCCCACUGUCCUACCUCAAACUCCAAGCUGGCUUCAGGCAUUAGUCCUUUGCCAGACCUUUUAUCGGCAGGGGUUAAUGUCAGCCUUGGAACUGACGGGGCUGCAUGCAAUAAUACAUGUGACAUGUUUCUAGAGAUGAGGUUGGCAGCCAUUGUUCAUAAUAGACCCGAGGACCCUGCACCAAUCCGUGCCGAAACAGUGCUGGAGAUGGCCACGAUCAACGGAGCGAAAGCUUUGGGACUGGACAAUAUCACCGGCAGCCUGCAGGUGGGUAAAAGAGCAGAUUUCGUGGCCAUAAAUACCCAGAAAGCCCCCUUACAACCCUGCAUUGACCCGGUAAGCAAUGUUGUUUAUGCGACUACAGGGAGGGAUGUUCAUGUGGUGGUGGUCGAUGGGCAGCUGGUGGUGGAACGCGGGGAGUUACUGUCGAUGGAUGAGGGGACAAUCUUGAAAGCUGCGAAGCACGCAAUCUAUAAGUUACUACAGAGAACGGGUUUGCAGGAAGAUUCGGGUCCUCUUUGGCCUGUGUAUUAGUCAAAGGCUCUCCUGGCCUUUCAAUGGAAGAAAAAAC